GUUCGGAGUUUCGGGGCACGCGACACAGAACGCCAGCAGCUGUCCUAAAGCGAAAACCAAACCAGACCACCAGACUACCAGACUACCAUACCACAUUGCAUCCAGUCACCUUUAAACAUUCGGGCUGAAAGGACACCCACAAGUUUCGAUCCACCUACGAGAGUCCAAAGCACAAACCCCCACGAAAUGGCUGCCUUGAGUUUCAGCCCACCGCCCAAGGACACCAAGGAGAACCCCCCGCCGGGACUCAAGGGCACCCUGAAGCCCUUCGGCAAGAUCACCGUCCACAAUGUGUUGAGUGAGAGUGGCGCCAAUGCGUUGCAGCAACACAUCGCCAAUCAGAACACGAUCAUCCGCAAGAUCCGUGACUUUGGCAUGUUGGGUGCGGUUCAAAGUGCGGUGGCCAAUUCGGCCAGCACCACACCGAUUCCCAGUCAAAGGAAGAGACCCCUCGGAGAGUCCAAACAGAACCAGCAGAAUCAGCAGAAUCAGCAGCCAAGUAAAGGUUCAGCUGUGCCGGCCAAGAAAAGCAAAGUGGCCAAGAAGUCGACGCUGGAGAAGGCCAGUCCAAAGCCACCAGUUAUAUCGCAGAACGCCAGUAAGUCCAGCCUAGGCGAGCCAACCUUGGGCACGCCGGGAAGGAAGGGGUUGCCCCUGCCACAGGCGGUGGCACGCAGAAAUGCCCGGGAACGCAAUCGCGUCAAGCAGGUCAACAAUGGAUUCGCCCUGCUCCGCGAGAAGAUACCCGAGGAGGUGUCCGAGGCCUUCGAGGCGCAGGGGGCGGGACGGGGGGCCAGCAAGAAGCUGUCCAAGGUGGAGACCCUCCGCAUGGCCGUGGAGUACAUCAGGAGUCUGGAGAAGCUGCUCGGCUUCGACUUCCCACCGCUGAACAGUCGGGGUGGCAAUAGUUCCGGCUCCGGCGACGACAGCUUCAUGUUCAUCAAGGACGAGUUCGACGGCCUGGACGAGCACUUCGAUGACUCCCUGAGCAACUACGAAAUGGAGGAGCAGCAGCAGGCCCCCACUUUGUCAGUCGAAGAUCACAGCCAGAAUCAGAAUCAUAAUCAGAAUCAGAAUCCCUCCGAUCUUCUGCCCAGUUUGACUACCCUAAAUGGGAUGCAGUACAUCAGGAUACCGGGCACGAAUACCUAUCAACUGCUAACGGCUGAGUUAUUGGGCGAUUUGAGUAGUCAGCAGGAACAAGCAGCUGCCGCUUCGCCCGUGCCACAAAAGGGGGCACGAAGUCCCUGCUCAUCGCCAGUUUCACCUGUCGCCUCGAAUGAGUUGCUCUUGCAGGCGUGUGCCGCCCAGCUGCAACAGCAACUGAUCAAACAGGAAUACUCCACCAGCAGCAACAGCAACAUCAACAUUAACAGCAACAACAUCAGCAGCAACAGCAGCAACAUCAACAGCAACACCAGCAACACAUUGAGCUCCCCGCAGCAACAGCAGGUCCAAAUCCUCGGAUCCUCACCCAUUUUGCCCGCUUUCUACGACCAGGAACCCGUGAGCUUCUACGACAAUGUAGGACUGCCCGGUUUCAAGAAGGAGUUCAGCGAUAUCCUGCAGCAGGAGCAGCCCAACAACAACACCGCUGGUGGCUGCCUCUCCGACGAGAGCAUGAUCGAUGCCAUUGAUUGGUGGGAGGCACAUACGCCCAAGUCCGAUGGUGCAUCCACCAAUCUGUCCAUGUAGUCCACUCACCAAACUAGAGCUUUUGAAGGACCUCAAAAAAGGUGUCUUAUAUUUUGAUCAUUUAUAGACUACUUUUAGACAUCUUUCAAAGUGAUUCAAGAGUCUGGAAAGUUUCGUGGCACCACUUAAGUCCAAAGUUCUAAUCGAAAUCUCUAGAGUUAUUGAAACAACUGUACAAAUAGUGUAAAAAGCUAUUUUCAAUUUCUGUGGCACCUUUUAUAUCAAAAAUUGUAUCGAAACCUGUUAAUCUAAAAUAUGAUCUAAAAAAGUCAUAUAAUUAAUUGAAAAACACCCACCAAACUUAAGGUUUCAAAAUAGUAUUUAGCCUACUUUUAGACACCUUUUAAGUGAUUUCAAAACUCUAAAGAUUUCUGUGACACCCCAAGUGUAUAUCCACAGUUUUUUUUAAAUCAAGCCUUGACUGAGUCAUUGUGUAAAUAGCAACUAUAAAAAAACAAAAAGGAAUCUAAGAACAAAAGCGAAUAUGAAAGUCAUCUAGUGAUAAAAACCAAAUCGAAAGCCCCUAAAGACCCAACCACCAAAUAGUUAACCUGAUAAAGAGCUAAAUGUUGAGCCAGUCCUAGUUUAUAAUAUUUUACCCACUUUAAUGUAUUUUUUUUCAAUGUGCUUACUUAAGAACCCCAUUUUUUUCAUAGAUUUAAUUGUACGAAUGUUGAGUUGA